GUUCAUAUAUAGACCAGUAUCGAAUUGUGAACACACAUCAAACAUGUUGGCUUUUCUGUGUCUCGGAUUUUUGACUGUUUCACAGGCUCUUUUUCUUGGUGAUUUAAAGUUACCAUCAGAUCGCCCACCAUUAUGCCUGAUGUGUUGUGGGCCAUCACCCUGUUGUAAUACUUGUGGACUGGACAACGAUCUGAUAUCUCUGCUGAAACCUGCAGUUGGUACACAAGUAAACGGAAAAGAAGUUGUUUCUGCCAAGAGAUUCCUGGUUGAUGAUCUAUUUCAUGAACAGAACCCUGGAGCAUGUCUUGACUGUUGUGGAGCACAUCCAUGUUGUCACGAUUGUGGAUUAGGAGAUCUCUUUGGCAACCAUCAUCAUACACUAAUGCCAUUUACGACAGCCGAACCUCACUCACCAGAGAAAGAUGAAAGCUAUGGAGACAAGGACCCAUUAACCGGUCUUUCAGGAAUCCAUUUCCCUCAUAUUGACCCAGUAAUAGACCCAAUCAUUGGCCAUCCAGAUACUGACGUGGCUAAAUCAUACUGGGAAACGCUUGGAAAGAAGUAAUAAACUACUGUUUCAUGUG